CAACUAUUCUGUUCUCUCAUUCUUCAGAAUUCAAAUCCUAGUACAUUUCUUCCCAACAAAAAAAAAAAAAAAAAAUCCUAUCCCAAUUUGGUUAUGGAAUUUGAGCAUCUGAGCCUUUGGGAAGAGAAGGUGAAGCAACAAAACGAUCAUCAUCCGCUGAAAUGUCGGCAUCAUCAAGCUGGACCAUUCCAUGAACUCGAAAAGGAUAUAUUGCCCUGCAGUAGUAGUAGUAGCACUACUCAAUCUGGUUUGAAGAAACUUCAAUGGCUUCGGUCACAGAUAAUCGGCCGCGAUGCUGAAUUCGACACCCCAUUUGGAAAACGCGGCCUAACCUACGCCGAUCAUACAGCUUCAGGCCGUUGUCUUCGUUACAUUGAGGACUAUAUCAUCAACAAAGUUCUUCCUGUCUACGGUAACAGCCAUACUAGUGAUAGUUAUGUGGGAUGCCGGAUGACAAAAAUGGCGAAUGAAGCCAGUAAAUAUGUAAAAGGAUGCUUAGGAGGUGGAGAGGAAGAUGCAGUAAUGUUUUGUGGCUCAGGUUCGACAGCAGCAAUUAAAAGACUUCAAGAAGUUAUGGGAAUUUCAGUUCCUUCAAUCAUAAGGGAAAAAGUCUUGAAAUGCCUAAACAGUGAAGAGAGAUGGGUAGUUUUUGUUGGCCCUUAUGAACAUCAUUCUAAUAUACUCUCCUGGAGGAGUAGUUUGGCAGAAGUAAUCGAGAUCGGGUUAGAUGAAGAUGGCCUAAUCGACAUGGAUGCCCUAAGGUUCCAGCUCGAAUGUUAUAAGCCGAAAAAUCGCCCUAUGCUUGGUUCUUUCUCGGCUUGCAGCAAUGUCACCGGAAUCUGUUCAGACACUCGGGAAAUAGCCCGGCUUCUGCACCAAUACGGCGCUUUUGCUUGCUUCGACUUUGCAGCAAGCGGUCCUUAUGUGAAAAUCGACAUGAGAUCAGGGGAAAUGGAUGGCUAUGAUGCGAUUUUCCUUAGCACACAUAAAUUCUUGGGAGGUCCAGGCUCUCCAGGAAUCCUCCUGAUGAAUAAAUCCCUGUAUCAGCUAAGCUCUUCAGCUCCAUCAACCUGUGGCGGUGGAACCGUUGAUUAUGUCAAUGGUUUCAACAAAAAGGACACUUUGUAUGUGAAGAAUGUGGAGGAAAGAGAGGAAGCAGGAACUCCACCAAUCAUCCAGAAAAUCAGAGCAGCAUUAGCCUUUUGGACAAAAGAAUACAUCGGACACGAUGUGAUCGAAAAGAUGGAGGAAAGCUACAGUAAUCAAGCACUUGAAAGGCUUUGUUCCAACCAAAACAUAAAGGUUCUUGGAAAUGUGACUUCUAAGCGGCAAGCGAUCCUGUCAUUCCUCAUUUACACAACUUCUUAUUCUCCCUCGGCGGAACUGAUUGAGAACCCGGAAAAUUCCGAUCUUUAUCUGUGGAGAGAAACCGGUAACAAAAAGGACAAGCCACUUCAUGGUCCUUUUGUUUCCAAGCUGCUAAAUGAUCUCUUUGGCAUUCAGGCCAGAGGUGGUUGUGCUUGUGCAGGUCCUUACGGACACACAUUACUCGGAAUUGACAAAUCGCAAUCUCUCGCUUUGCGAUCUGCCAUUCAAAUGGGAUACAAUGGCGUAAAGCCGGGGUGGACGAGGAUUAGUUUCCCAUACUAUAUGUCCAAGGAAGAAUUCGAGUUCAUUUUGUCUGCAGUUGAGUUCUUAGCUGUGUACGGACAACGAUUCCUACCUCUGUACAGCUUCAAUUGGAAAACUGGUGCUUGGAAUUUCAAGAAAAAAGCAUUCAGGGAAGCCAUUUCAGGACAGGAAAACAUUCACUGUGAUUUCCAGGGAACAUCUUUAUCCGACAUGAUCAAGGAGUUGAAUAUCAGAUGCAACAAUGUUUGGGAUGGAGAAACUCAUGGGAAGAUUCAGGAUUACUCGAACUAUCUGGAAGCUGCUAGAUACAUUGCAGGAAUCCUUCCAAAAUUCCCACCUCAAUCUUUCAUUCCAGAAGAAGUUGAUCCCCGGAUUCUAAUCUUUAGAGUUUAGUCCAUUUUAUUUGGUCCAAAUUUUUUUGGGAUGAAUGAAUGAAAAACUCACUUUGUAAACUUGACCUCUGCAUAUCUGAAGCAGAGGUAAAGACACAAAUUUUUUUUUUUUUUUUUUGCAUUAAUUUGCUAAUAUUUACGUAUUAGAUUUUGAUACCUAUAUUUAUU